AUCGGUCUCUCAAGUUCAGUGUUUCUGGAUCUAUCAGCACGAAAUUGUCAUACUGAAUGAAAGACAGGAGAUUUCCGUUGAGCAUCAAGUCACAAAAUGGCCAAGUGCGACGAAGGGGACUAUGUAUGUGCGCUGGACUCAAAGCUGCAGGAUCGUGCUCGGAAGGAGCUGAUGGAAGACCCACGUGAGAGGGCGUCACAGAUUGAGUCAAUGAGGAGUUGGAUCAAGCAGCAAGCACACUUCCAUUGCAGAACAGACGAUCGCUUCCUCCUGCGGUUCCUGAGGGCGGGAAAGUUCAGUAUUCUACGAGCUCAGAAGAUACUAUCGAACUACCUCGAUGUCAGGACGCGUCUACCGGAAUGGUUCAAAGAUGUGGACCCAAGGGAUCAUAACAUGAUGAAAGCGUUGGACAAAGGAACGAUUGUUCCGCUUGGCAAGGACAAGGAGGGAAGACAGGUUGUCCUUGUUCGAACAGGACUUUACGACGAGAACGACUUUGAUGACGUCAUGAAGAACACCUACAUGACCCUUGACCUGCUGUUGGCAGACGAGGCCAAUCAGAUCAACGGUUUUGUUUUACUGGUUGAAUGUGGAACAUUCUGCGCCUCACAUGCCACGUGCUGGGGAACGGACACCAUUAGGGAUUAUGUAUCUUGCUGGCAGGAUGCUUAUCCAAUCCGAAACAAGGGAAUGCAUUUCUAUAACAUGCCGACUGCCCUGAGUGCAGUGUUGGGUAUCUUUAAGAUGUUCAUGAAGGAGAAGAUCAGAGACAGGAUGUACAACCACGCGAACAGUCCCAAGUCAUUACACAGGUACUUCCCCAAAUCGAUUUUACCAGAAGAGUACGAUGGAACAGCCGGUUCGUUGGACGAGAAAAUCCAAUCCUGGAAAGAAUACGUUCUUGCGAACAGAGAUGCGGUGAUAGCCAUGAACGAGUGUUACCUUGACGAGAGUAAGAUGCCAAAGACACUCAAGUCGGAGGAGAAGUUGGAGGCGGACAGUUGGGGGAUGGUCGGAUCGUUCAGAAAGCUGAACGUGGAAUAAAAGCCUGGUGGCAAGACUGUGACAAUUCAAAUAGAGGAUGUACC